UUUUUCAAACAAAAACACGUAACUCGCUUUAAUCCUCGUGUCUCAUUGGAUAUAUACAGGCCUAGGUAACAGCAUUAACAUCAACCAUCGACGCACAAACAAUAGAAGCCUAAACUAAUAGAAGCCUAAACUAUGGAUCAGCUAAAGCCAAGGCCACCAAAUUCAACUCCUCUUACUCCUCUUACCUUCUUAGAAAGAGCUGCCACCAUCUAUGCCGAUUGCCCUUCCGUUGUUUACAACAAUAUUACUCACACAUGGUCCCUAACCCAUACCCGCUGCCUCAAAGUUGCUUCCUCAAUUGCCUCUCUUGGUAUCAAUAGAGGUGAUGUCGUGUCAGUUGUCGCCCCUAAUAUACCCGCCAUGUACGAGCUCCACUUUGCAGCUCCGAUGGCGGGUGCAGUCCUUAACACUAUCAAUAUUCGUCUCGAUGCUCGCACUAUCUCUAUCCUCCUAUGUCACAGCGAAUCAAAACUCGUAUUUGUCGAUUGUCAGUCAAAAUCCCUAGUUCUUGAAGCAAUAUCCUUUUUUCCGCCGAAAUCCAACCGUCCACUCCUAGUUCUCAUCGAAGAUGACGAAUUCCCAACUCCACAAACCAGUGAAUUCAUGAGCACGUAUGAGAAAUUAGUGGAAAAAGGGGAUUCGGGUUUCAGUUGGGUUCGACCCAAAAGUGAAUUUGAUCCAAUUGUGAUGAAUUACACUUCUGGUACAACCUCUGCCCCAAAAGGAGUGGUUCAUAGCCACAGAGGAAUUUUCAUUAUUUCAUUGGACUCUUUACAACAAUGGCUUGUUCCAAAACAGCCCGUUUAUUUAUGGACACUUCCUAUGUUUCAUGCUAACGGCUGGAGCUAUCCUUGGGGCAUGGCUGUAGUUGGUGGAACUAAUAUCUGUUUGAGAAAAUUCGACGCGAAAAUCAUUUACGACUCGAUCAAAAAACACAACGUUACUCAUAUUUGUGCUGCUCCUGUGGUACUCAACAUGUUGUCAAAUUCCCCUGAUAGCAAGCCCUUAAAACACUCUGUUUAUAUUAUGACUGCAGGAUCUCCACCCCCUGCAGCUGUCCUGUUUCGAACAGAGUCGUUAGGAUUUGUAGUGCACCACGGAUAUGGGCUAACAGAAACUGGCGGGCUAGUAGUUUCUUGUACGUGGAAAAAUCACUGGAAUAAAUUGCCUGCAGAGGAAAGAGCGAGGUUGAAAUCAAGACAAGGUGUGAGGACUAUAGGGAUGACUGAAGUGGACGUGGUGGAUCCAGAAUCUGGAGUCAGUGUGAAACGCGAUGGUACGACGUUAGGUGAAAUUGUCCUAAAGGGUGGUUGUAUUAUGUUAGGGUACCUUAAAGACCCCGAGGGAACAUCAAAAUGUUUGAAAGAUGAUGGUUGGUUUUACACGGGGGAUGUUGCGGUUAUGCACGCUGAUGGGUACUUAGAAAUUAAAGACAGGUCAAAGGAUGUGAUUAUAAGUGGUGGUGAGAAUUUGAGCAGUGUGGAAGUAGAGUCAGUGUUGUACACACAUCCAGCAAUUAAUGAGGCAGCAGUUGUGGCACGACCAGAUGAAUUUUGGGGUGAAACUCCGUGUGCAUUUGUCAGCUUGAAUGGAAAAGAAAAGGCAAGUGAGAAGGAUAUUAUAGAGUUUUGUAGAGCCAAAUUACCACAUUAUAUGGUGCCAAAGACUGUGAUUUUCAAACAAGAGCUUCCAAAGACUUCAACUGGGAAAAUUCAGAAGUUUGUGCUUAGAGAUAUAGCUAAAAGUAUGGGGAAAACUGGCAGCUUGAUCAAGAUGAGCAAAAUGUAAAGAUGAGUUAACUCGGCCUGGUUGUGUCCAUGACUAGGUUGAACUCAUUUUGAUAUAUACCAAGUGUUUAUCAAACAAAACUUUGCAUCUUUUUUCUUUCUUUUUUUUUUCUUUUUCUUUUUUAGUAUGUGGACAAAACCAAUAAAAAACAAGAAAUAUGAAUGUGGACACUUGCCUAUGGUUGUUAAAUUGUUAGUGUCAUGAUGUGAUGGUUUAAAUAAUUUAUUAUUUACUGCUCCAGGUUUCCAGUUUCUAUACGACCUUGUGGA